AUGGAUAGGAGUUGGAUGCAACUUCAUAAUAGAAGGUUACAUCAAUACAUUGAUGGGGUAAAAGAAUUUAUCAUGUUUGCUCAUGAUCAUAUGAAAUCAAGGACGAGUAAGAUUUGGUGUCCGUGUAAUAGAUGCAACAACCGUAUCCAAAAAACCAUAGAUGAAGUUGAAAUUCAUUUGUUUGCAUAUGGGGUUGUCACAACUUACACUAGGUGGGUGUAUCAUGGGGAAGACUUUGAGUUGAAUGACAGUGAUCCCUCGGAAAAUGAAAAUGAUGAAUAUUUCAAUGAUGUGACAGAGAAAUCAAAUUCUCCCAAUACUGAGGUACGAGAAAUUGUCCAUGACAUACAUAGUGGACCAUCCACAUUUGCUUAUACUGGGGAAGCAUCUGGUAGUCGUAAUCCUGACUUUUCUGGUGCUCAUGGUAGUGAAGCAAAUACAUUUGCAAGAUUAAUGAGGGAUGUAGAACAAGAAUUGUAUCCGAAUUGCCAGCGAUAUUUCAAAUUAUCAUUCAUUGUUAAGCUGCUACAUAUAAAGGAGUGUGAAAAUGAAAAUAAAUGCCCUACUUGCAAGGAGCCUAGAUACAAAUUUCAUAAAGGUGAAGGUAAAGGUAAAAAGAUCCCUCACAAGGUUUUGCGGUACUUUCCUUUAAAACCAAGGCUACAAAGGUUAUUUAUAUCAAGGAAGACAGCUACUGAUAUGAGGUGGCACAAAGAUAAACGCGUAGAGGAGAAAAAUGUAAUGCGCCAUCCGGCAGACUCUAAAGCAUGGAAAGAUUUUGACAAAAAGCAUGAGUCAUUUGCCAAAGAUCCUCGAAAUGUUAGGCUCGGAUUAGCAAGUGACGGCUUCAAUCCAUUUGGGAAUAUGAGUACCUCAUAUAGCAUAUGGCCAGUUUUUAUUGUCCCGUACAAUUUGCCACCUUGGAAAUACAUGAAAGAUCCAUUUUUUAUGAUGCCUUUACUUAUUCCUGGGCGUAGAGCUCCUGGAUUUGACAUUGAUGUGUUUUUACGACCGCUAAUAGAUGAGCUAAAUGAGUUAUGGGAGGUAGGGAUAGAGACCUACGAUGCAUCAAGUGGCUCUAAUUUUCAAUUGCGUGCGGCAUUAUUAUGGACUAUCAAUGACUUUCCUGCGUAUGGUAAUUUAUCCGGUUGGAGCACCAAAGGCAAAUUGGCUUGUCCGUCAUGCAAUGAGAAUGCAUCUCACCAAUACUUGCAUCAUUGUAGAAAAACUUGUUACAUGGGACAUCAUCAUUUUUUGCCUCAUGAUCAUUUUUUGAGAACAAGCAAGUCAUUCAAUGGUGAGCCAGAGCUUAGGUUAGAACCUAAGUUGUUGUCAGGAGAGGAGGUUUUGGGACAAUUGGGGCAUAUAGACCCAUCAUUAUUUGGGAAAAUAGAUCAACGUGGGAAGAAGCAAAAACGUUCUCCUCAAUAUUUAAAUUGGACAAGGAGGAGCAUUUUCUUUGAUUUACCUUAUUGGAAAACCCUCAAAGUUCGUCACAACCUUGAUGUUAUGCACAUUGAAAAAAAUGUAUGGGAUAGUGUUCUAGGAACAUUGAUGAACAUUGAUGGAAAAACCAAGGACACAUACAAGGCUCGCCUUGAUCUAAUGGAUAUGGGUAUAAGGCCUGAAUUACAUCCAAGGGAAGUACAUGGCCAAACAUUCCUACCUCCUACUUGCUUCAUGUUUUCUCCAACUAAAAAGAGGAACUUUUGUGAAUUCUUGAGUUCAAUUAAAUUCCCAGAUGGUUAUGUAUCAAACAUAUCACAUUGUGUGAACACUAGUGACUGUCGAAUUACGGGGUUGAAAAGCCAUGAUUGCCAUGUUAUCUUGCAAAGAUUGCUUCCUAUUGCUCUACGUGGAUGUUUGAAAAAGGAUGUGAGCAAGGCAUUAAUUGAGUUUAGCUUGUUCUUUAAGGAGUUAUCAUCAAAGACAUUGAGAGUUGAUGUCUUAGAACAACUUGAGAAAGAUAUUGUUUUAAUUUUGUGCAAGCAUAAGAAGAUAUUUCCACCAUCUUUUUUUGAUAUUAUGAUUCAUUUAUCCGUUCAGUUAUCGUGUGAAGCAAUCCUUGCAGGACCGGUGCAAUACAGGUGGAUGUAUGGAUUUGAAAGGUACAUGCAUAUUCUUAACGGUUAUGUGCGCAACAAAGCUCGUCCAGAAGGAUCUAUUGCUGAAGGUUACAUUGACAAUGAGGCUCUCACUUUUUGCUCUAUGUACUUCCAUGAAGCACAAGAUGGAAACUUGUUUGUAUUUAGGCAAAAAGUUCGUGGAUUAAGAGCUGCAAUUAAUGAUGUGUUGAAUUUAGCGAAUUUGAAAAAAGUUCGAUGGUUCGUGUUGAAUAAUUGUGAUGAAGUUCGACCAUAUAUGCUGCAAUACAUGGAUGAACUUGAAAGACAAGGUUGA